AAAAAGAAGAAGACACAUGUUCUUCUCUGGUUUUAUCUCCAAGCUUCAUGGUACAAGUAAAAGAACAACUAAUCACUUGACAAUCUUUUAUCGUUUCGUCUCUGUCUCAGCUUCCUCGAUUACGUCUCUUUCGCCUCAAGAUCGAAACAAACUCUUAGCUACUCUAUUAUCAAACUGCACAAGUCUCGCUCGUGUCCGUCGGAUCCAUGGUGAUAUCUUCCGUUCACGCAUCCUCGAUCAAUAUCCAAUCCCUUUCUUAUGGAACAACAUCAUGCGAUCCUACAUACGACAUGAUUCUCCUCUCGACGCCGUUCAAGUGUACCUCGACAUGGUGAGAUCAAAUGUUUUACCCGAUCGAUACACCCUUCCGAUUGUAAUCAAAGCCGCCGUUCAGAUUCAUGACUUUCCGAUGGGAAAGCAGCUUCAUUCCGUCGCCGUGAGGUUAGGGUUCGUCGGAGAUGAGUUCUGCGAGAGUGGGUUUAUAACGUUGUACUUCAAAGCGGGGGAAUUUGUGAAUGCACGUAACGUGUUCGAUGAAAAUCCUGAGAGAAAGCUUGGGUCUUGGAACGCUAUUGUCGGAGGGUUGAAUCACGCUGGGCGAGCCAGCGAGGCUGUGGAAAUGUUUAUGGAGAUGAAAAAGAGUGGAUUUGAGCCGGAUGAUUUCACUAUGGUUAGUGUGACUUCAGCUUGUGGACGAUUAGGUAACUUGAGCUUAGCUUUUCAGUUGCAUAAAUGCGUUCUACAAGCUAAAUCCGAAGAUAAAUCUGACAUCAUGAUGAUGAAUUCGCUCAUUGAUAUGUAUGGAAAAUGUGGGCGUAUGGAUUUAGCAAGUCAAGUGUUCGAGAAAAUGCCACAGAGAAACGUUGUCUCCUGGAGUUCCAUGAUCACGAGUUACGCAGCUAAUGGGAAUACAUUAGAGGCUUUAGAAUGCUUCCGGCAGAUGAGAGAUAUCGGUGUUAAACCAAACAAGGUCACCUUCGUGGGAGUCCUCAGUGCUUGCGUCCAUGGAGGUCUUGUGGAGGAAGGAAAAACGUAUUUCGCAAUGAUGAAGUCAGAAUUCGAACUAGAACCAAGCUUAUCGCACUACGGAUGCAUAGUUGAUCUGUUGAGCCGGGACGGGCAGCUUGAGGAGGCCAAGAAAGUGGUGGAAGGGAUGCCGAUGAAGCCUAACGUGAUGGUUUGGGGUUGUUUGAUGGGUGGGUGUGAGAAGUUUGGGGACGUUGAGAUGGCUGAGUGGGUGGCUCGACACAUGGUCGAGCUGGAGCCGUGGAACGAUGGUGUUUACGUUGUCUUGGCUAAUGUGUAUGCAGUCAGAGGGAUGUGGGAAGAUGUUGAGAGAGUAAGGAACAUGAUGAAACAGAAGAAACUUGCUAAGGUUCCUGCUUACAGUUAUGCUUCAACGACAUUUUGAAAAGUCCAUGCUUUUACUUGUUGUUUCUCUUCAUGUUCGAACGAUGUAACAUCUUAAUUUCUACAUAGUAAUGUGAACCCUCUGAGAAACAGCCA